CCCCUCUCUCGCUCUUUCUUUCGAGGAACCGAAGUAACCAAAAAAAAAAAAGAAAAGAAAAGCCAAGGCGUCGUGUGUUAUUCUCUCCGUGCUUCUUUCUCGAGAUUUAUUCUCUGUGUGUUCGUGUCAUCGACACAGAUUAGUUGAUCUUUAAUUUCUUUUUCUGGACAAGACGGAAAAAAUGGAUAAACGACGCCGGAGACAGAGCAAAGCCAAGGCGUCUUGUUCCGAAGAAGUGAGCAGCAUCGAAUGGGAAGCUGUGAAGAUGUCAGAGGAAGAAGAAGAUCUCAUUUCUCGGAUGUAUAAACUCGUCGGCGACAGGUGGGAGUUGAUCGCCGGAAGGAUCCCGGGACGGACGCCGGAGGAGAUAGAAAGAUAUUGGCUGAUGAAACACGGCGUCGUAUUUGCCAACAGAGAAGAGAAUUUGUUAGGAGAUGAUGCUUAUUUUUCAAAAUGAAAAAAUAUUUUCCUCUCCAUAACCAUAAUCCACAAGACAAAGAAAAAGGAAAAGGACCUGUCCUUGAACUAUAUUUUGGAAUGUAUAAUUAUCCAUAUAUAUAAAAUUGCUUAGGAGUUUCAAUUUCUU